AUGAUGUUUCUGCCCCGGGGCCAGACGAUCUGCAGAUCGCCUGACUUUCCCGCAUCCGAUUCCGUGCUGGCUUCUUCCGACCUCACCCACCCCCAACUGCCUCCCUCCAUGCUCCGGCCAUGGCCCAGCAGCGGUGCCGUCCGCUUAUUCGGCCGGCUCAAUCGCCCGUUCGUGCCUCGCCCGCAUAGCCUGCGCUUUUCCUCCCUCUCAGCCCGCAGCGCCCCCGCGCCCCAACCAGACCUGUCCGACCGCGUCCCCCUCCGCAAGCAACUGAAGCAGGAGGCCAAGGCUCUCCGGGCCCAGAAGAAGCAGCGCAAAGAGGAUGAGGAGGCGUCGCGUGAAAAAUGGGAAUUGACGGUGGGCAUCGAGAUCCACGCCCAGCUGGACACAGCAGCAAAGCUGUUCUCCCGUGCUGUGACCUCGACGAGCGAUCUUCCCAAUUCCAAUGUCGCCUUGUUCGACCUGGCCUUCCCGGGUAGCCAGCCGGAAUUUCAAGCUGCCACCCUCCUUCCUGCUCUCCGCGCCGCCAUUGCUUUGAAUUGUGACAUUCAGCCAGUCAGCCGGUUCGAUCGCAAACACUACUUCUACCAAGACCAACCGUCCGGGUAUCAGAUCACACAGUAUUAUGAGCCGUUUGCACGAAAUGGCUAUGUCGAUAUAUACGAUUAUGAUGGCAUUGCGCCCGAGGAUGGCGAGCGGAUUCGAGUGGACAUCAAGCAGGUUCAGCUGGAGCAGGAUACUGCCAAAUCGCAGGAGUACCCGCCUUCGACACAGCUGCUCGAUUUCAAUCGUGUCUCUCAUCCUCUGAUUGAAAUUAUCACCAUGCCUCAAAUCCACACCCCCGCGACCGCUGCGGCUUGCGUCCGAAAACUUCAAGCAAUCCUACAAUCAUGUGGUGCCGUCACAACGGGAAUGGAGCUGGGUGGACUCCGCGCGGACGUCAACCGCACCGAGAUUAAGAAUUUGAGCAGCUUCAAGGCGGUGGAGGAUGCCAUCAUCGCCGAGAAGAACCGUCAGAUCGCGGUGCUCGAAAGCGGUGGUGUUGUGGAGGGUGAAACCCGAGGAUGGACCAUCGGCAGCACUGAAACUCGCAGACUGCGAGGCAAAGAAGGUGCUGUUGACUAUCGCUACAUGCCCGAUCCUGAUAUCCCGCCGCUUGUCAUCGGCGAGGAUCUCAUUGCCCGUCUCCAGGAGACGCUGCCCUCCUCUCCUGAUCAACUGGUGGUGCAGCUGACGGGUCCUGAGUACGGACUGCCGAUCGAAGACGCCAAGCCAUUGAUUGAGCUAGACGACGGCGCCCGUCUAGAGUAUUACCAAGAUGUGGUUGACAGUCUGCGAUCUCUUCGCACUGAUCAGGACCGCCAGCUGCAUGCUACACUCGCGCGUAUGGCGGGUAAUUGGGUUCUCCACGAAUUGGGAGGGCUAUUGACUAAAGCAGACCGGGCCUGGGAUCCAGCGAUAGUCCCGGCCCGGUCUCUGGCCGACCUCAUUGACCAUUUACAGCGCAGACUCAUUACCGGACCCACGGCGAAGCAAGUGCUGGCGGCCAUCUUCGAUGGAGACCAUCGGCCAGUGCCGCAGAUGCUGGAAGAAGACCAGCUCCUGCUGCGGCCGCUGUCGCGCGAGCAAUACCUGGCGCUGGCGGAAGCGGCAAUCGCGCAAAACCCCCAGAUGGUCGAGCAGAUCCGCAGCAAGAAUCAACUGGGGAAGAUCGGCUGGUUCGUGGGGCAGAUGAUGCGCAUGGGCGAGAAGGGCCGUGUCGAGGCGCCCAAGGCCGAGGAGAUCCUGCGCGAGCUCAUUUUGAAGCCGUAUUGA